UUCUAUAAAUACACUCAGAAGUGAUUCGUGGGACAAUCAUCAUAAUCGGUCAGAAUACACAUUAAGGAAGGAAACACGUCACAGCUUUGAUACCCUGCUACCAAAGUGCCGUAAAGUCACACAGAGGCCAUUAUGCUGCUAUCAAAGAAAGGGGGGGGGAUCAAAAGCUUCUUUAGUCUAGCCCCCAUGAAGCAGCCCUCCCCCCACUUUUACCAUACCACCUGGGUAGGUGGGAAUGACCAGAGACGUCAGAAUCACCAAACACUAAAGUGAAACUAAAAGGCAGUCAUCACAUUUGAUCACAAUACACACAGAAACCUCUACCAAUCAAACUGUGAAUAAUAAAAUAAUGAAAGAAAACCUGGCCUAUAAACUCUUCUUACAUAUAAACCGAGGUGAGGGACUAUAUGUAUAUGGCCUGGAUACAACAAAUAUUAAAUUAAUGAGGAGAGUGGAAGCUGAAGCAGUGGUGGAGGAAGUACUCAAACAUUUGCUGAAGUAAAAAAAACAUAUUGGAAAAAAUGUACUCAAGUAAAAGUACCACGUUAACGUUUAUACUUGAGUUAAAGGAAGUACUUGCUUUUAAAUGUACUCAAAGUAUUAAAAGUAAAAUAUACUCUGAUAAUGAAACAGUGUGCUACACCUUUAACUGUGUCUACUGUAUGUUUAGUUUAAUACCCAAAUUAUACAGACUAGAUAGACAGAUAGUACAAAGAGGCAGACAGGUGGCACAUAGCUAUAAUAAAAAAGUAAAAGUUUGAGAGUCAAAGUAUAUAUAAUAUACACAAAAUAUGAAGUAGGCUAUGCAGUUCUGAGUUAUUGCACAAAAGGAGAAUGAUGCUACUGAAAACAGUUGCAUUGCCAUAAAUGCGAUGUUAAAAAGUAGUGGAGUAGAAGGUACAUAUAUGUCCUGAUAUCAAUUUUGUGGAAUAAAAGUGAAAAGUAAAAUAAACAACUUGAGUAAUGUACAUAUGCACGUACUUGAGUGCAGUAACGCAGUAAAUGUACUUAGUUACAUCUUCUGGCUGAGCUUCUCUCUCCUCACGCAUCCCUGAUGGAUGGGGGGGUUGGGGGUGUGGGGGGGAUGUACAGGCGGGAGAGAAGCCCCUCCCCCGGAUCAUCGCGCUGGAGUGGAUGGUCCUUUUUUAACUUCAUUGUUGGAGAAGUAGAGCGACGCCCCGCUUUGCCACGGCACAAGGAUCAAGCAACACCCCCCCCCACCCCUCUGAUCGGCACGACCCCUUCCUCUGUUCUCAUGGAAAUCACAGCCCGCCGCCUCCCGGCCACACUUUGUGCACGGAUGCGAAGUUGAAGCGCACAUUCCCGGCCGGGACAACGCACGAUGAAGAUGAGGCUGAUGAAGUCUAGGAGGAGCUGAUCGUCUCAUUUCUACUUGAUCCUCCCGCCGCUGUGUGCUAGUUGAGUUACUGCUUCUCCCGCAGCACACGCACACUGGAAGUGCACUUACCAACAUGCUGGAUCCGGACCGGUGCGCCUCCUCCUUCUUCUUCUUCUUCUUCUCCUCCGCUGCUCUCCUCUGCUCCGUCCACGCGUCGUGUCCUCCACGCUGCGAGUGCUCGGAGGCGGCUCACACCGUGAAGUGCGUCUCCAAGGACCUGCGGAGUGUCCCGGCGGGGAUCCCCGGCUACACGCGGAAUCUGUUCGUCACCGGGAAUCAGAUCAGUCGCAUUGGUCCAGAGUCGUUCAAAGGACUGGAGAACGUGACCAACUUGUCUCUGAGCAACAACAGAAUAUCUGAGGUGGAGUCCAACACGUUUGCCGGACUCCGCAGCCUUCGCUCUCUGGACCUGAGCAACAACCAGCUGGCGAUCAUUCACCCCGAGGCCUUCACCGUCCUGAACCAGUCUCUGCAGGAGCUGAACCUGAGCCGAGCCCUCUACAACCACUCGACAGUGAUGGACCUGGCCACGUCUUUCCGCUGGAGCUCCCUGGGGACCCUUCAGGGACUGGACCUGUCCCACAAUAGCCUCAUCUAUUUGCCCUCGCGCAUCUUCUCGCACCUGAGCAGCCUCCGACGGCUCCAGCUGUCCAACAACUCCCUGGUGGCCAUCCACAACUCCACCCUCGCAGGUCUGGAGCGCCUGGAGGAGCUGGACCUCACGCUUAACGCCCUCAAGACGUUUCCGGAGGAGGGCCUGCGAGAGCUGGACUCCCUGCCCAGAGUGGCUCUCCUGCUGGAAGAAAACCCCUUCACGUGCACAUGUGGAAUUGAACCUUUCGCUUUGUGGCUCAACAGAUCCCAGGGGCGGAUUAGAAACGCUGAUAGUCUUGUGUGCUCCUUCCCAACCAGCAUGAGAAACACAUCCAUGCUUGCUGUGGGCACCAUGACUCUUGGAUGCCACCAGAGAGACGCAGGGGCCGACCUUGCUUUGCAGACCUCUUAUGUGUUCUUGGGUUUAGUCCUGGGCUUCAUUGGCCUCAUCUUCCUAUUUGUACUUUAUCUCAACCGCAAGGGCAUCAAGAAGCGGAUCAACGACUUGCGAGAUGCUUGCAGGGAGGUGUGGGAAGGCUACCACUACCGCCUUGAGAUCGAUUCUGACCCCCGGAUAUCACAGAUCUCCACGGGCGCUGACGUGUGAGAGGACAAUCACCCCUGGUGUAUUUUCAUAUGACUCUUUUUUUAAUGCAUUUAUCGGUUAGGGAGAUGUAAAAAUUGUACAGUUUUGUCUGUAAAUAUAUAAAUAUAAUAGUGUGAAUAAUCUAUAAACCUUGUUGUUUAAAGCAUGCACUGCCCAUAUAUCCUCAAUGCACAUUGAAUGUUCUCCCUUUGUACAGAUGAUCGUUUCUUUGCUCAAUAGACAAAGAUGUUACGGAUAGAGUUCUUUGACAUUUCUCAUAUCUUGUCUGCUCGUCAAGGUCACACGAAGCAGUAAGUGCCUAAAAGUCAGCUUGGUGUUGUCGCAGUGAUCUGAUCUGAACUCAACAAACUUUGAUUCUGUCUUCUGAUCUAUUUGGCUUGUGAAAACAAAGCAACAAAACGCUGCAAUAAAUCCUGACACUACCAAAACAAACCUCUGGGAGUUUAAAGCACAAUCACUCAUUCAUCUUUGAACCGUUUCAAGCCCUUUGGUCCCUUCGUCCUUUAGCCCCCAGGGUGCCAGAGAGGAAUUAAGCCCCCAAAAGCUUGACUAAAGCUCUCCUUAAAACCACCACUCUGCUUUUCUUUGGCAGUAGGAUUGAGAAAUUGGGGGGGGGGGACUAUUCGGCACAGACCAGCGGAAAUCUCCUAGCCCCCUCAUUUUUUUUCUUCCUGAAACGUUGCUUUGUUUCAACUCCUUGAGUUUUAUUGUCAAAAUGAUGAGAACCAGUCCAGGGCCGAAGCUGCUGAAAGCAAUCUCCCUCCCUCCUUAAAGACAACAGCCGCUCUGGAGGCUCUUUGAAGGAAAAGUCUGGCUCUCCACAUUUUUCUGUUUAGGGGAUUUUUUUUUUCUCGCAGUGAUAAGAUACAGAUGAUUCUGAAACACCAGCUACAUUGUUUCAUCCAGCAGUUUGCUCUGACCGGUAAAGUAGGGCUCCUUAUGAAGAGAAACAAGAAUAUGUUCUUUAUCUUCUGGUUAGUUUCUACCUUGUAUGCCUUUACUGUUUCCUAAGAUCAAUUCCUUCACAUAACUUCCACCCCGACAUGUCAAAAAACGCAUUUCAUAGUCAAAUCUAAGCCUUUGAUCUUGCAUGCAUGUUUCAAAUAUAACCUGAAUGGCAUGACAUACAAAACACGACUGAUCUCUGCCCUCAGAUGUCAUACGUGUUGUCACCUUUUGCUAUGGCUACAUGACAAAAGCUGUCCUCUAUUGAUGCUACAAAGUGAGACAAAUGCAGGCAGAGGGAGGGGAUGGCAAGCUGCCAUUCCUCUAAGUGUUUAUUGCCCAAAUUGUUAGCUAUCAAGGCGUUUGGAAUGAGGGAAAGGAGCCCUGGGGAGAACUUGAGCAGCCUCCCAUUGUUCGAAAAAGACAAAGUAGCAUCUUCAUCCUAUCAAGAUGUCCUGCAAGCUCCUCUCGUAGCGAUCCAGAAAUGUUUGCAGCGUGGAGCCGUUUUACUGCAUGUGGAAAGACAAAGUUAAACUUUAUGAAGUCUGUAUAGUCAUUUAGUGCCAAUGUAAUCUUGUGUGUCCCGAAAUGAAUGUAAUCAUAUUGUUGGGACUAAACUCACGGUAUCAUUCCUCCGAGCCGCGGAACCACAUUAAGCCGGGCAUUUACUCGCUGAGGAGAAAACAAUUGGGGCUCCGUGCUCUGACACAAAGGGCAGCUCGGAUGGCGAGACGCCUCAAAUAAGCUUUGUUUUCCCGUUGCCUUGUGAUACUCAUUCUCUUUCGGGUUUUCACAGAGGGCCAUUAUGCCGCCGCAUAAUAGGAUUCUCUCAUGAUGACAAAGUUGAGCGCUCUGAUCCAGCAAUUGUUAAAGUGUCAUCAUUCUUAAUAUUUGCCUGUGGGAGAAAAACCCAAGGAGAAGUUUUCACUUUGCUAUUACACAACGUGUCACAACCAGGGCAUUAAGUCGGCCACGGGUUAUUGGUGUCAGUUGGCGGAGCAGACAGAAGAAAGAUUACUCCCUGCAUGUCAUUACUUCCGUUUUCUCUCAUUAAAGUGUGGAUUAGGAGCUGUGCCUUUUUUUUUUUGUGACUUUUUAUGAGCCUGUCUGCUUGAAAAAUAUAUGGUCUGUUUGCUAUAGGCUGUGCAAUACUGUCUCAGCAGGGAUGCAAUGAAAAGAGAGGAACCCUACUAAUACAGCCAGACAUUCUCCAUUACUAACUGUGCACAAGAGAGGCUUGUUAAAAACAAUAAAAAUGCUCCAAUUACUAUGUCCUUUCAAACUGUAUGUUGCACAUACCUGAUUAAAAGAUCACGUCUUUAUUUCAA